CUAAUGUUAACUAAAGUAAUGUUAACUGAAAUCUCUUUGGGUCUUCAAGGAUGCCUUCGUGUGUCCCGCCUGAAAGAUGAGGGAAAAGUUCAAUCAGAGCAGAUCUCGAUUAUCAAAAGAAACUCGUGUGGAGAAGCUCUCGAGGUGUCACGAAAGGCGAGAGAUAUGCUAGGUGGAAAUGGAAUUGUGGAUGAGUACCAUAUUAUGAGACAUAUGGUGAAUUUGGAGACAGUUAACACUUAUGAAGGAACACACGAUGUACAUGCUCUGAUCCUUGGAAGAGCCAUCACGGGACUCAACGGAUUCUGCUAA